AUGCAGAACAGAGAGCAUAUGUGGACUCCGCUGGCGGAAGAACUGGGCCUACAUUGGCAAGAUGCCGAAUUUUUGCACCAGCAGUCGCACAAGAAGGCAUGCAACCAGGCCAGAUUAUUGCACAGAAAUUCGCUACCGACCCAGAUUCCGAUUAAGGCGCACGGUAAAGUUAGUCUUGCACCACAGCCGGUACCUUUGCAGCUACCAUUCGAGCUCGCACCGCAGCCGGUCAUGGCGCGGCCUUCCUUGCAGCCUGAGCUUGCACCUGCCAGGUCGCCACCUCUGCAGCUGCCAUUCGAGCUCGCACCGCAGCCGGUCAUGGUGCGGCCUUCCUUGCGGCCUGAGCUUGCGCCUGCCAGGUCGCCACCUCAGCAGGUGCCAUUGGAGUUUACACGACUGCCGACCAUGAUGCCGCCUUCCUCGCAGCAGGGCGUUGCGCUUGCUGGGGUGGUGCCCUUAGGAAGGGGACAUCCCACGCAUAUUGAACCCCUACAACUUGCCCCGCUUCAAACCAGAGAUGCCGUCAAAAAGAAUCUGUGGAAGGUCAAGCACGCCAAACUCAUCGCCGAGGCACGGCCGGUGAAUAUCGAUCGUCAGCGGCAUGAGGCCGAUGUUCUUCUACCCAUGAGCCGAGUUAUGGGCAAUGUUGAUGUCGCCGCAGGUCAGGAAGAGGAGCCCGUGCAACCCGGUGGUGGUCCUGUGUUGGCGGGACCUCGCAUCGCGUUCUACGGCAAUGUGGAUCCGGCCCAAUUCCCGCCCAUCGCUGAGGAAAGUCGUGACGCCAGGUCUGCGCAGCGGAUUGCUGCCGGGCGAGCCUCGCAUCUCGAGGUUGGUCACAAGAACCACAUGAUGAGGCAAUGCGGAAUUCUAUACGCUUAA